AACAAAGUUCACAUCUGGAAGAGACAGGAUCAACAACUGAGUGGCACUUUAACUGUAAAGCACCUCUCUCUCACCAUCACAGCCAUGUUUGUUACCGUGCUUCUGUUGUGGCUCUGUGUUUGGUUCGUCAUCCUCCAGUUCAAAACCAGGAGGCCCAAGAACUUCCCACCAGGACCCCCCGCCCUGCCGUUAGUGGGGAACCUUUUGCACCUGCACCUGGAGAACCCCCUGAAGGACUUUGAAAGGCUGAGCAGAUCUUAUGGGGAUGUCUACAGUUUGUAUCUGGGGUCCAAACCAGCCGUGGUCAUCAACGGGCUGAAGGCCAUUAAGGAGGCCAUUGUGACCAAAGCUGCUGACUUUUCAGGACGACCCCAGGACAUCCUUGUCAGUGAUGUGACCCAGCGAAAAGGAGUGAUCAUGGCAGAGUACGGCUCCAGCUGGAGGGACCAUCGGCGCUUUGCUCUGACCACUCUGAGGAACUUCGGUCUAGGGAAGAACUCAAUGGAGGACAGGAUCAAGGAGGAGAUACGCCACACUGUCCAAACACUGGAAAACAGCAUCGGUAAAACUAUGAGUCCUCAGGUGAUGUUUCACAAUGCUGCCUCCAAUAUCAUCUGCCUGGUUCUGUUUGGGAGACGCUACGAGUACCAAGACGAGACCAUCAAGGUUAUUGUUCGAGGUUUCACCGACAUUACGAGGAUGGCCAAUGGACCCUGGGCCGUGAUAUACGACUCCUUCCCCAAAAUCAGGAACCUGCCACUACCAUUCAAGGAGACCUUUAGGAAAUACGAGACUUGUAAGGAGAUUAUAAUUGGUUUGGUGGAGGAGCGCAAGAAGACCCGAGUCCCUGGAGAGCCACGGCACUUUGUGGACUGCUAUUUGGAUGAACUGGAAAAGAGAGGCGAAGAUGGUGUAUUUUCUGAGGAUCAGCUCAUAAUAAACUCUCUGGAUCUUCACUUUGCUGGGACCGACACCACCUCCAACACCCUGCUGACUGCUCUUCUUUACCUGAUGAACUACCCUCAUGCUGUGAUCCACGAGGUGCAGAGGGUCGCCAACACUGUUCCUCUCAGCGUCUUUCACUGCACAACUAAGGACACAGAGCUCAUGGGGUACUCCAUUCCCAAGGGCCUGGCUCGGAUGGAGCUGUUCCUCAUCACGGUGACCCUGCUGAGGAGGUUUAAGUUCACCUGGCCGGAGGAUGCUGGAGAACCCGACUUCACUCCAGUCUAUGGCAUCACUCUGACCCCUAAACCUUAUCGCAUGAAGCCGAGGCACUUUGUGGACUGCUAUCUGGAUAAACUGGAAAAGGUUUGUGAGCAGAACAGCUGGACACAAACUCUGCCCCUCUCACAAAACUGCUCCUUCAUCAUUGACUUUUUAUUUACUCGGAGAGGCGAAGACAGUGAACUUUCUGAGGAUCAGCUCAUAAUAAACUCUCUGGAUCUUCACUUUGCUGGGGCCGACACCACCUCCAACACCCUGCUGACUGCUUUUCUUUACCUCAUGUCCAAGACUCUCCUGCUCAGCUGGACGCUCACAGCCAUGCUGGUCACUGUGCUCCUUCUUUCGUUCUGUGUUUGGGUCUUCAUCCUCCAGUUCAAAACCAGAAGGCCCAAGAACUUCCCCCCAGGCCCCCCCGCCCUGCCGCUGCUGGGGAACCUUCUGCAGCUGAGCCUGGAGAACCCCCUGCAGGACUUUGAGAGGCCGGUCGUGGUCAUCCACAGGCUGAAGGCCAUGAAGGAGGCCAUUGUGGUGAAAGCUGCCGACUUUGCUGGACGGCCCCAGGACCUUCUGGUUAACGACGUCACCCAAAGGAAAGGAGUGAUCCUGGCAGAUUAUGGCUCCAGCUGGAGGGACCAUCGGCGCUUUGCACUGACCACUCUGAGGAACUUCGGUCUGGGCAAGCAGUCAAUGGAAGACAGGAUCCAUGAGGAGAUACGCCACACUGUCCAAACACUGGAAAACAGCAUCGGUGAGCUAUCUCUGUACGACUCUCUUUCUUUGAUCCGCCCCUUUCCUCUGCCGUUCAAAAGGGCCUUCGACAACGCUAAGAUUUGUCAGGAUAUCGUGAUAAAACUACUGGAGGAGCACAAGAAGAGCAAGGUUCCCGGCCAGCCUCGGGACUUUGUGGACUGCUACCUGGAUGAGGCGGAGAAGAGAGGGGCGGACUCUGACUUCACAGAGGAUCAGCUGGUCAUGUACUCUCUGGACCUUCACUUUGCUGGGACAGACACCACCUCAAACACCCUGCUGACCGGCUUUCUGUACCUGAUGAACUACCCGCACAUUCAAGAGAGAUGCCAGCAGGAGAUCGAUCAGGUGCUGGGGGGGCGUGACCGGCCCAGCUUCGAGGACAGGCACAACAUGCCCUACAUGCAGGCUGUGAUCCACGAGGUGCAGAGGGUCGCCAACACUGUUCCUCUCAGCGUCUUUCACUGCACAACUAAAAACACAGAGCUCAUGGGGUACUCCAUUCCCAAGGGCCUGGCUCGGAUGGAGCUGUUCCUCAUCAUGGUGACUCUGCUGAAGAGGUUUAAGUUCACCUGGCCGGAGGAUGCUGGGAAACCCGACUUCGCUCCAGUCUACGGAGUCACUCUGACCCCUAAACCUUAUCGCAUGAAGGUCCAUCUGAGGGCGGCG